AUGACGUCGGAGCGUUCUCGAAUCCCGUGUCUCUCGGCUGCUGCUGCCGAAGGAACAGGGAAAAAGCAACAAGAAGGAAGAGCAAUGGCGACACUGGAUCGCAAAGUGCCCAGUCCGGAGGCGUUUCUGGGCAAACCCUGGUCCUCCUGGAUCGACGCCGCCAAAUUACACUGCUCCGACAAUGUAGAUUUAGAAGAGGCUGGAAAAGAGGGUGGAAAAAGCAGGGAGGUUAUGAGGCUUAAUAAAGAAGAUAUGCACUUAUUUGGCCAUUAUCCAGCACAUGACGACUUCUAUCUCGUAGUGUGCAGUGCCUGUAAUCAGGUCGUCAAGCCACAGGUUUUCCAGUCGCACUGCGAGAGAAGACACGGGUCAAUGUGCAGACCUUCUCCCUCUCCAGCGUCCCCAGCCUCCAAUCCCAGGACAUCAGUAGUACAGGUGAAAACGAAAGCCUGUCUCAGCGGCCAUAAUUCUGCCAGCAGCACCUCAAAGCCAUUCAAAACGCCCAAAGACAAUCUACUUACCUCCAGCAGCAAACAGCACACAGUCUUUCCUGCAAAAGGAUCAAGGGAUAAACCAUGCGUUCCGGUUCCUGUAGUCAGUUUAGAGAAAAUUCCUAACCUAGUAAAGGCAGAUGGUGCCAAUGUCAAAAUGAACUCUACAACCACUACUGCAAUCACCUCCUCCUCCACCAUGUCCUCUGCUGUCUCCACCCCACCUUUAAUUAAGCCAGUCUUGAUGUCCAAGUCAGUGCCACCUUCACCAGAGAAGAUCUUAAAUGGCAAAGGAAUUCUGUCAGCCACCAUAGACAAGAAACACCAAAAUGGCACCAAAAACAGCAACAAGCCUUACAGGAGACUUUCAGAGAGAGAAUUUGACCCAAAUAAACACUGUGGAGUAUUGGAUCCCGAGACAAAGAAACCUUGCACAAGAUCCCUCACCUGCAAGACACAUUCGCUAAGCCAUCGGAGAGCAGUCCCAGGCCGGAAAAAGCAAUUUGACCUCCUCCUGGCGGAACACAAAGCCAAGUCCCGGGAAAAAGAAGUUAAAGAUAAAGAGCAUCUCCUGGCUUCCACAAGGGAAAUACUACCAAACCAACCCGGGCCGGCGCAGGGUUCUCUGCCAGGAUCUUCAGGGAGUUCUGGGCCAGAACUGAAAGUUACGUCGCCUGCAAAAUCCAGGCCACCUAACUCUGUACUUCCUAGACCAUCAUCUGCAAAUAGCAUAAGCAGCAGCGCAUCUUCAAAUCACAGCGGCUACACUCCAGAGCCCCCUCUUCCCCCAGUUGGAGGGGACCUCGCCAGCCGGCUGUCCAGUGAUGAAGGGGAGAUGGACGGAGCCGACGAAUCCGAGAAGUUAGACUGUCAGUUCUCCACGCACCACCCCAGGCCUCUCGCGUUUUGCUCAUUCGGGAGUCGCCUCAUGGGACGAGGGUACUAUGUGUUUGAUAGAAGAUGGGAUCGUUUUCGAUUCGCACUAAACUCCAUGGUAGAAAAACACUUGAACUCACAGAUGUGGAAGCACAGAAGCCCAAGCCACAGGGCAUCAGGUCCCUCCCCCCUGUUCAGGACUUGCCUAACCAAUCUGCUGUCCCUGAGCAACAUUGGGGCUGCCUGGGUGUCAACUCUGGAGAGCGUAGCACCCCGCUGCCCUCUCAACCUCGCUGCCCAAACCCCAGGCCCCGACGGGCCCGAACCUGGAGGGAUGGCAGCCGAUGGGGGCGUGGAAGACAUUAGGAAGAAAAGGAACGGCCAAGACUCUUUUUUCUUUAACAAGCAUUUAACUCUGCAUCAGGAGACGCCAACACAGUAUUCUCUUUCAGCCAGGAAGAUCCCUCCUGCGGCAGAUAGCCCCAUGCCCUCGCCAGCAGCCCACAUCUCCACCCCUGUUCCAGCAUCCGUUUUGCAGCCUUUCAGCAACCCCAGUGCUGUGUAUCUUCCUUCAGCUCCCAUCAGCUCGAGACUCACGUCUUCUUACAUAAUGACAUCAGCCAUGCUCUCAAACGCAGCUUUUGUGACAUCGCCGGACCCGAGCGCCCUCAUGUCCCACACCACAGCUUUCCCUCAUGUGGCCGCAACCCUCAGCAUCAUGGACUCAACCUUCAAGGCCCCAUCUGCCGUGUCCCCGAUACCAGCUGUCAUCCCUUCCCCAUCCCACAAGCCAUCCAAAACCAAAACCAGCAAAUCCUCAAAAGUCAAAGACCUGUCUGCCCGCAGUGGCGAGUCUCCAAGUAACAAAAAGAGGAAGCCGCAGCCUUCGACCUCCUCCUCCUCCCCCUCCUCCUCCUUGUCCUUGCAGACUUCCCUCUCGUCUCCACUGCCAGGGCCCCACAAAAAGAACUGUGUCUUGAAUGCCACUUGCGCUCUGAACUCCUAUCAGGCGGCCCCUCCCUAUAACAGUCUGUCUGUGCACAACUCAAACAAUGGGGUGAGCCCACUCAGUGCCAAACUGGAGCCCUCAGGACGGACCCCGCUGCCUGGUGGCCCGGCGGACACAGUGAGACAGGUGGGCGCAGUGGGCAGCAGCAGUGACUCCUGUCCCCUCUCUGUGCCCUCCCUUGCGCUCCACGCAGGGGACCUCUCUCUGGCCUCACACAAUGCUGUGUCUUCUCUGCCCCUCUCUUUUGACAAAUCAGAAGGAAAAAAGCGUAAGAACUCGAGUUCUAGUAGCAAAGCCUGUAAAAUCACUAAAAUGCCUGGUAUGAAUAGCGUUCACAAAAAGAACCCGCCCGGCCUUCUUGCACCGGUGCCCGAUCCAGUUAACAGCACCUCCUCUCGGCAGGUAAGGGACCUCCUGGCACUGCCUUCAUUGGCUGUGGGGGGUAGGGGGAGCUGGGCAGCGCCCCUGCUUAGCCAGGCGGCUCAGACAGGUAACGCAAGCGUGGCUCCUUUUUUUGUUUUCCCCGUAGGCCAUUUUCACCCUCUGCUUUGAGAGCAGUUUAACAAAUACUUUAGGCAACUCUCACUACGCACUAGGCAGUGUUCUAAGCACAUUACAACUAUUAGCUCAUUUAGUCCUCACAACCCCACUGUGGUUGGUAUGAUUAUCACCAUUUUACAGAUGAGUAAACUGAGGCACAGAGAGAUUCUGAGCUCCCCACUCCAUUCUAUUUUAUGUCUUGAGGUUCUGAGGAUGAUUUCAUUAAAGAGUUCCAUUGCUAA